CCGUGCCGUGCCGUGCCGCGCCGCGCCGCGCCGUGCCGUGCCGUGCCGCGCCGCGAGCCAUGCCGGGCCUGCUGCUGGGCGACGAGGCGCCCAACUUCGAGGCGGACACCACGCAGGGCCGCAUCCGCUUCCACGACUUCCUGGGCGACUCAUGGGGCAUCCUCUUCUCUCACCCCCGGGACUUCACGCCCGUCUGCACCACGGAGCUUGGCCAGGCAGCGAAGCUAGCCUCGGAGUUCAGCAAGCGCAACGUGAAGAUGAUCGCCCUCUCCAUUGACAGCGUUGAAGACCACCUCUCCUGGAGCAAGGACAUCAAUGCAUACAAUGGGGACCAGCACGAGCAGAAACUCCCCUUCCCCAUUAUUGCUGAUGCUAAGCGGGAGCUUGCUGUCAAGCUGGGCAUGCUGGACCCGGACGAGCGGGACAAGGAUGGCAUGCCCCUGACUGCCCGUGUGGUGUUUGUUUUUGGCCCGGAUAAGAAGCUGAAACUUUCCAUCCUCUACCCAGCCACCACUGGGAGAAACUUUGAUGAGAUCCUAAGAGUGGUGGACUCCCUGCAGCUGACAGCGUACAAGAAGGUCGCUACCCCUGUGAACUGGAAGCCUGGUGACAGCGUCAUGGUCAUUCCCACCUUACCUGAUGACGAAGCCAAGAAGCUGUUCCCCAAAGGAAUCUUCACCAAGGACCUGCCAUCGGGCAAGAAGUACCUACGUUAUACACCACAGCCAGAGUGAGCGGGUCUGCGUGUCCGCCACGCUGGGCUGUGGGUCAUUUGGCGUUGGGAGUCUUCCGUGGGUGGGACACCUGGAGAUCCUGCCUCCCUGACGUCAUCUGAUCAGCAGCCUCGUAGUGUCACGCUGGUGUUACAUCCCAAUACUAAAUCAAUUGUCCACAUCCCCUUUUUCCCCCCACAUCUUCUUAAAUUAAAACCCUGGGUGUUUUCUUGCCUUGACUCAACCCAGCAAGGAAGAGGUCAGCAGGCUCGCAGGAGCUCCUGGGCCAGUGCUGUGGAGUUGCUCCUAUUCAGUGCUGGCCACACUUGUCCUGGAGGCACAGCAAGAGGUGUGGGGUCAGCAGCCAGGCCUUGGAGGGGUUUCCUGCUGGGUUCACGUCUCCUGCCAGGUAGCUUAGCGGACGCCAGACUGCUGCGUGCCUUUAGGAGCAGCCAUCAGUAAUUUAUUAACACCUUUAUUUGUUCCCAUGAAUUGACGAGGAGCUGCAGAGCCAAAUUUUCUCACUUACUUACUGCUUUCUCUUGCUGAAAGGUGACUGAUAUUUUCAGCUUUUCUGGAAGAGGGAAUGGAGCAAAUAAAGCAUUCUUCAGUACUA